AAUUUAUACAAAAAUCAUUCCAUAUUUUGCUGCCAACAACAAACAGCAAACUAUAACAUUUUUCAGUAGUUUACUACUACUGAUGCCUCAUAGAACAGUCUUGACAGUGAUUUUAUAAAAAAAAAAUCUAUCAUCUACAAACAAAGUAAGCGAGCAUACAAUAAUAAACAUUAAUCAUAUGAUUAAGACAAUCAGUUGUUUAGAAAACUCGAUUCAAUUCUAUUCUUCACUCAUUUGUUUUUUUUUGUUGACAUGUCAACAGUCCAUUAGUUGUCCAACUACGGCACAAGCGAACGGUCGCAUAGUAAUGACACGAAAAAGUUAAAAAUAAUUACAAAUAUAAAAGUGAAGAUUGAAGAUUUUUAUAUUUACCUACUUCUAUUUUAUCACGGGAGUAGAAAAUGAGAAAUGCAUUCGUUGUUUUAGUUUCCUUGUGUAUUGGACUAGUUUCCGGAUUUAUUGUACCCUCGAGUGUUCCAGAGCUCGCAAAUAAAUGGAACGAAACCACUACAGAAUCAACAAGCAAUGUAACGAGCGAUACAAUCUCUAACACGAAUUCAUCGAAAUAUUCUGUGUUACCCAAAAAUAGAAGUGACAUUGAUGAAAAAGACCUUUACGAGCAUGCUACAGAGAAACAGAAUAACCAGAGUGAAAGAGCAUUCAUAUACCUCAACCAGAAGUUUAGGAAACCUGCUCGUAACAAAAUCUUUAAAUUACCACCAGUAGAGAAAAUUAUGUAUGCUACAGUGGUUCCCCCAGCUUUACCAAACAUCGUAACUCCUUGUCCAAUGAGUAACAAGGUUAGCCUCAAUUCAUACUUUCAAGGAUUCGAUUUGUCUGACAAACUUCCUCAAGAAAUGGCAUCGUAUUUUGCAGACCCAACCGUAUUUAGAUGCAAAGAUAAUACUAAAAACUCUAAUCAUGUUAAUAAAAAAGUACCGAAUACUACUCCAAGAAAAGUACUACCUCAAUCACCGAAUAAAAUGGACGAACGAAGGGAAUACUUUGAACUUUUGAAACCACCCAUAGUACGCCCAAUGAACCGGAAUAUAAAUAAUAAGGCAAACUAUGAAAGUGUUCGUCAAAAUGAAUUUCCCUCAUUAACACCCUCUAGCGUUACGCCUUACAAAGGGCGUUAUCCCAAAAAGUAUAGCUUGAAAAUUCCGUAUGUGUUGAAGCCAAAAAUGUCACCCAUUCGGAACGAUGAUAUAAGUAAUAAAAAAUUUGGUUUCGACAGCUCAUACAACAGAAGACCUUUCCAAACCAAAGAUGUAAAUAAUAGAGUUGAGGACGUUAAUUUCGAAAGAGACUUUAUAAAUGAUGAUAAUUAUCAUAGAUUAUAUGAAAAUAACCAAGAAGAUGAUAAAUUAUUAGAUAAAUACCUCAAAGACACUUUAGAAGAACAAUUUACCCCCGACUGUAGUUACAGAGACUGCAUUCUACAAUCUGCUAAACCAUACAAAAACGCCGGUCGCCUUGUUAAACCUGACUGUAAAUGUGGAAGACGGUUAAAUAUAAAGCAGGUUGAUCCAUUCGUAGUAAAGGACAGAGCUUUAAGAGAAGAAGGUAAACACAAUGAAACUGAUUUUAAAUCAUCAUCUGAAAUCAACUACUACGAAGAAAUGUUAUCAGAAGACUUAAAUUUAAUCAAACAAGACGACGAUGUUGUCAGACCGCCAAACAAGACUAACGAAACUUCUGUGCACUAGCUGAUAUUCCACAGAGGUAUUAAUUGGAAUAUUAGAUGUGACUUCUAUGCAAUUUACUAUGGCGCUUCGUCAAGCAGGCUGUUGAGACAAAUGACCAACGCGCCACAUUUAUAAUAUAAAAUUCUAAAAGUACAGUCGAAGAAUACGCAGGUCUUGAAGCAACUAUUCCACAGGAAAGUGCUCGCAGUGUAGAUCACGAUAACGACUGCUCAAAGCUAUCGCGAUUGAGAUCUCUGCGCGCGCAUCCCUCUUCUUACCGGCGUUUGUUGCUCCGAGAAAUGAAAUGUAAACACUGUAGAACGCCAACAGAUGUCCAGAUAGCCAAUAGAGGCUUCAGAGAAAUACAGACUAGCCAGAAGGGACGCCCGUCCCAAUUGACAAACUUUUUCACAUCUUAAGUGUUCGGUUGUUUAAUGCAUUAUAUCUAUAAGUACGUUUGUAAUUUUAUAAGUGUAUUCCCUGAUCGACAAUAACAUUUGGAAUUAUAUUAUGCUUUGACCGAAAUGACUAUUCUUAUGACCAUUUAUUAGAAUCUUGGUAAUGUUACGAUUCGUCUAUUAUAUUUUUGUUCGAGCACUAGAGAUUGUAAUUACUUACUUACAUAAAACAAUAUUUUGGUUCUGUAUUUUGUGACUUCGAUGUUCUAUCUAGUUUCUUUAUUU